CAACUGAAAGCCUACCACUUUCUUCCUUUUGUCUUUCUCAAAAGGAAAAGAAAAAAAUCUAACAUCAUCAGUAAUCAGAUAAGGCAACAACAUGCUCUCUGUAACCGUAAACCCCCUGAAACCCCCAUUCUCCUCCGCCUUCCUCAACCCUCUCAACAACCACUCCCUCCACUCUCCUCUCCCUAAAACCUCCCUUAAACCCAUCUCAGCCGUUUUCUCCCCAUCUGGCCAAUCCCAACAACAACCCCAAUACCAAAACCAAAACCAACAACAACAACAACAACUCUAUCGACCCUUCAGGCCACCCCCCUCUACCCCCCUCACCUCCCAAUUCCACUCCCUCGACACCGCCAACCGCCUCGAAAUCCUCGCCAACCGCCUCGGCCUAUGGUUCGAGUACGCCCCACUAAUCCCCGCCCUCACCCGGGAAGGCUUCACCCCUUCUUCCCUCGAAGAAGCCACCGGCAUUUCCGGCGUCGAACAGAACAGGUUAGUGGUCGCUGCUCAGGUUCGAGACUCUCUCGUGCAGUCCACUUCCAACGACCCUGAAUUGCUCGCUUCGUUCGACCUCGGCGGUGCCGAAUUGCUGUACGAAAUUCGCCUCCUUAGUGCCCAGCAGCGUGCGGCCGCGGCGCGUUACAUCGUUGAUAAUAAGCUUGAUGCUAAGGGUGCUCAAGACCUCGCUCGAGCGAUGAAGGACUUCCCUCGCAGACGGGGCGAUAAAGGGUGGGACAGUUUUGAUUACGGUAUUGCAGGUGACUGUCUUUCGUUUAUGUAUUAUAGACAGAGUAGGGAACAUACGAACCCGUCUGAGGAGAGAACUUCUGCUUUAGAAUUGGCAUUGGAAGUUGCUAAGAGUGAGAAAGCUAAGAACAGGGUGUUGGAAGAGUUGAAAGGGGCGAAUGAAGGGAAAGGAGGGGAAGAGGGUAUCGAGAGUGGGGUUCGGGUUCCGGUUGUCAGGUUGAAGAUUGGUGAAGUGGCGGAGGCGAGUAGGGUGGUGGUGUUGCCGGUUUGUAGAGAUGAGGAGAGGGAAAUUGGGGUUUUGGAUGCACCGAGGGAGUGUAGGAGUGAAGGGGAGUUUGGUGUGGUGGCGGCGGAAAAAGGGUGGAAGAGGUGGGUGGUUUUGCCGGCGUGGGAGCCCGUGGCCGGGUUAGGAAAUGGGGGAGUUGUUGUGUCGUUUGUGGAUGCGAGGGUAUUGCCUUGGAAGGCGAAUAGGUGGUAUAAUGAGGAGGCUAUAUUGGUGGUGGCUGAUAGGAGUAGGAAGGAGGUGGCUGCAGAUGAUGGGUUUUAUUUGGUGGCAAUUGAUAGUAAUGGUGAGGGCUUGAAGGUUGAAAGAGGGUCGGCAUUGAAGGAAAAGGGUGUGACGGAGAGUUUAGGGACUGUGGUGUUGGUGGUUAGGCCACCAAGAGAAGAGACUGAUGAUCAAUUGGCUGAUGAAGAUUGGGAGUGAGGUAGAGUAAUACUAUGUUAGUAUCAGUAUUACUAGUGGAGAUUGAAGCAAGUCUUGUAGAAUUUUAGCAAUGGUGGAAGCUUGAAGUUCAGUCAGAUGGACUCUAGAAGGGGUUUUUUGUUUUCUUUAUCCAUUGUUGCCAAAGAUGGCUCUUGUUUAACUUAAAAUCUUGUUGUAAUCUUCUAUUUUAUUUUUUAAUAGUGAAUUUUGCCGUUUGUAUUCUUGCUUCUAUUUGUAUUCAUAAAAUACAAUAUGAUAUAUAUUCACUACAUUUUUCUUUUCC